AUGUCCUUCCGCUGGUGUGAUGUGGAAGUUUGGAGAGGGGGUCGCUCUCGGCAUCUGACCGAGGUGGGGUUCAAAAUUACGACGUCCGUUACAAAUGCCCCCAGGGAUGCUUUAAAACGGUACGUUAAUAUAAAUACUCUAAACUUUAUGCAGUUGUCGCAGAUCCUGGUAGGGAGCGAUUGCUGUCCACCAAGCGGCGGCGAAACCACCUAUGAUUCCCGACUGCUUUCGUUCCCGACCGCCAGACUUUCAGGGUUCGGCCUCUACGGUGCCUCCUACGCCGCCUCCAACUCAUUCUACACCGCCCUGCCUAACCCUUACGACUUAAAAGAGUCUCGAGGUUCGUGGAGUGCACUUCAACAAUCGUCCGCAGCUGCCUGCUACCCCUACGACCCGAGUGGACUUGCCACCUGUGCCUCUUAUCCUGACAGAUACGGAUCUAUGGAUAGUGUGGCUAGGCGGAAAAAUGCAACUAGAGAGACCACCAACACCCUGAAAGCUUGGCUCUAUGAACAUCGGAAGAAUCCAUAUCCUACCAAAGGGGAGAAGAUCAUGUUGGCCAUCAUCACGAAAAUGACUCUCACGCAGGUUUCAACGUGGUUUGCCAAUGCUCGACGCCGUCUGAAGAAGGAGAAUAAGAUGACUUGGGAACCUAGGAACAAGACCAGCGAAGGAGAAGACAGAGACAGUAGCUCCCCUAGAGAUGUGAAGUCAGACGAUACGGCAGACGAUUGUGGCGACAGUAAUCUACCAGAAUAUUUAAAGCAAGAAUGUGGGCAAUAUCCAGGAAAGCAAAGUUUUACAUCUGUCUUUGAGAACAAUGAUGCAAAAUCCUCCAACAAGAGCUGCAAUUCUUUUGCAUUAGAUUGCUACAGAGUUCAGGGACAGUCUUCAGAAGAUUCCGGUUCAGGAUCUCCCAGUCCAAUACGCAGUUCAACGAUGCAAAACUCUUGCUUUAAUCCCUCUACGCAAUUCGGUACAACAAAAAAUGAUCCCAAAGAUCCUUUGUAUGGAUCAGUUGUAACGAACGCUCCUCCUUAUAGUGCAAUGUCAAACAGCAGUCGGCCAAAGAUAUGGUCUUUAGCUAGAACUGCCACAUCGGACAGUCCACCAACUAUACGCAGAUCAUUGUUUUCUUGCCAGCAAUCAGAAUUCUGUAUCGAAAAUGGACAGACACACAAAUCAAACGUUGAAUGUGCACCUUCUGAUCUAAAACAGUCUCAAAUGUCUAACAUGUUCUGCGUAGACAGUAGCCAACGGCUAAAGGUAGACAAAGACUCUCAAGUAGAUGACAUAAAACAAUCUCAAGUAUCUCACUGCCCAACAAUGUUUUGCUUAGAUAGUGAUCAAAGACACAAGGCUGACAAAGAUCCACCAUCUUGUGAUUUAAAGCUACCCAGCUGCUCUGUCCAAUUCUGUGUGGACACUGGACAGAGUCUUAAAGACAGCGAAAUGGGAAAGCAUGCUGACAUUACAUCUGGCUGUUAUAGAGACUUCGUGCCAGACAAAAGUAACACCUUACCAUCGAAAAAUCUCUGCUGCAAUCAAUCUACCUAUAACCCCGUAGUUCAAGAUUGUGUGGUGCCUACCAAAUGCGAGACCAGUGAGUGCCUCAGAUCAGGGGAUAGAGGGUCUUGUAUGAUGGACAGUCGACCACCUUAUGUCACUGAGUAUCCUCCCCCAAAUCUGGUGGGGGAGAAUGUAGAUCCAUACAACCAUUAUAAGGGUAAAAACAUUGGACCAAUUGCCUACACUGCUCCCAAAUGCCAGACGAUGAAUUCAUCCGGAGUAAUUCAGAAUCCAGGGUAUACAGAGGGUGAAUCUAAUUCUAGAAACGACUUUUUUGCCUCAGACAGGUUUGAUCCAACAAUGCACGCUAUCCACAAGACAGCUCUCAAUCAGGACACAUCAGCUGAAUUAAGGGACACUGGAACUCUUUUGAGACAAAGUGACCAUUGAAAGCACAGAGCUCAAACUGACUGUUAUUCACGUUGAUCUUAUUAUUUAUAUGAACGAAAGAAAGCACGUUCGUCAGAUCUUUAAUAAGGAUGCGAUACAAAUAUUGUUGGAAAUAAUUUCUCCGAAUAUAAUUAUUGUGAUUUUUUUUUCUAUAUACAAACCAACAAACUAAAUUAUAUGAUUUUGUAAUAUUUACAAACUAACAAACAAAUAAACAAAGGCUUUGCAAUCGCACAGCUACACAGAUCAUAUCACAGCUUCGUAUACAUUUUUAUUUACAUUUUUUAUAUAUAAUUCCUUUCAUGUUCAU